AUGGCUGAUCAGUUGACAGAAGAACAAAUUGCAGAGUUCAAAGAAGCUUUCAGUCUUUUCGACAAAGAUGGUGACGGUACAAUCACAACCAAAGAGUUGGGUACGGUUAUGCGCUCUUUGGGUCAGAACCCAACAGAAGCUGAGUUGCAGGACAUGAUUAAUGAAGUGGACGCUGAUGGUAAUGGUACAAUAGACUUUCCAGAAUUUCUCACAAUGAUGGCCAGAAAAAUGAAAGAUACUGACAGUGAGGAAGAAAUUCGAGAAGCAUUCCGUGUGUUUGAUAAGGAUGGCAAUGGGUUUAUCAGUGCUGCUGAGCUGCGACAUGUGAUGACAAAUUUAGGUGAAAAAUUGACAGAUGAAGAGGUCGACGAGAUGAUCAGGGAAGCCGAUAUUGAUGGUGAUGGGCAAGUAAAUUAUGAAGAAUUUGUAACCAUGAUGACAUCCAAGUAA